UAUUUUUAAAAAUGAGCUAUGAAACUAGUGAUAUAGGUCCACCACCAGAUCCAGUUUUGGAAGUCCCCCCACCAAAAGAUAUAAAAAUAUUAGAAAGUGCUGAUGAUAUACAACAAAGAAGAACUGAAGUUUUGGACCAUUAUGUCCAAUUUAAAGAUUUUGCAAAAACUAAAAGAGAUCGUUUAGAAGAAGCUAGACAAUUUCAAUAUUUUAAAAGGGAUGCUGACGAGUUGGAAAUUUGGAUUUUAGAAAAGUUACAGACAGCUGCGGAAGAAUCCUUUCGGGAUCCAACAAAUCUUCAAGCUAAAAUCCAAAAACACGAAGCUUUUGUUGCUGAAGUUCAGGCACAUUCUAAUGCAAUAACAAAAUUAGAUAAAACUGGGAAUGAUAUGAUACAACAUGGGCAUUAUGAGAAAGAAACAAUUAGAAAACGUUUAGAUCGUCUUCAUGAACUUUGGGACAGAUUAUUCUCGAUGCUUGAUAAUAAAGGAAUUAAAUUACAACAAGCAUUGAAAUUAUUGCAGUUUAUGAGAAAAUGUGAUGAAAUGUUAUAUUGGAUUAAGGAUAAGAUAGCAUUUGUCUCUUCUGAUGAUAUGGGCUCAGAUUUGGAACACGUUGAAGUAAUGCAAAGAAAAUUUGAUGAAUUUUUAAAAGAACUGGAUAGUCAUCAAUCUAGAGUUUUAGAUAUAAAUCAAGAAGCUAAUGCUUUAAUUGAUGAAGGACAUCCAGAACAACAACAAAUAAAUGCAAAAAGAGAUGAUGUCAAUGAAGCUUGGCACAAACUUGGGACUUUGACUGCUACAAGACGUGAAGCUCUUUUUGGUGCUCAACAAAUUCAACGCUUUUAUCGUGAUAUUGACGAAACUUUGGCUUGGAUUGGCGAAAAAGAAUCAACAUUAGCAACUAAUGAUUAUGGAAGAGAUUUAAAUAAUGUUCAAGCAUUACAAAGAAAACAUGAGGGAACUGAGAGAGAUUUGGCUGCACUUGAAUCUAAAAUGGAAAAGUUAGAAACUGAAGCAGACCGUCUUUGUCAACUUUAUCCAGAAAAAUCAAAAGAAAUUUCUACAAAAACUGAUGAGGCUAAAAUAAGAUGGGAAGCACUUAAACAAAGUGCUGAGGAGAGAAAACGAGCUUUGGACCGUUCUUAUAAUCGUCAUAGAUUUAUGGCUGAUUAUAGAGAACUUUGUGAUUGGAUUGAGGGAAUUAAGGUUCUCAUUGAGUCAGCGGAAUUAGCCAAAGACGUAGCCGGUGCCGAAGCUCUUCUUGAACAACACCAAGAACAUAAAGGCGAAAUUGAUGCUCGUAAUGAUUCUUUCAUUCAAACUGCAGAAACUGGACAAAAAUUACUUGAUGAAGGUAUUGAACAAUCUGAGGAAAUUAGACAGUGUUUGCAACGUUUGGCAAAUGACCAAGCUAGUCUUAAAAAUUUGUGGGAGGAAAGAAGAAUUUUGUAUGAACAAUGUAUGGAUUUGCAAUUAUUUUAUCGGGACACAGAACAAGCUGAAACUUGGAUGAACAAACAAGAAGCAUUUCUUCAAAAUAGAGAUUUGGGGGAUUCUUUGGAUGCUGUCGAGUCUUUAUUAAAGAAACACGAAGAUUUUGAAAAAUCUUUGGCAGCACAAGAAGAAAAAAUACACGCUUUAGAUGAAUUUGCUACAAAACUUAUUGAGGGAGGGCAUUAUGCAGCUGAUGAUGUUGCUGCUAGAAGAGAGAAAUUGUUGUCAAGAAGAAGACGUUUAAUGGAAUUAACGGCGGAGAGAAGAGAAAAAUUGAAAGAAUCGUAUAGACUUCACAGUUUUGAUCGGGAUUGUGAUGAAAUGCUUGGGUGGAUGAAUGAAAAAUUAAAAACUGCACAAGAUCAGAGCUAUCUAGAUCCAACAAAUAUUCGUGGAAAAUUACAAAAACAUGCUAAUUUUGAACAGGAACUCCGUGCAAAUUCCAAUCGUUUAGAUGAAAUUAAAGCAACAGGGCAAGAAUUAGUUGCACUUGGACAUUAUGCAAACGAGCAAAUACAAACGAGACUUGAAGAAGUUGAACAAUUGUGGGCCCAACUUGUGGAAGCUAGUGCUUUGAAAGGAGCUAAAUUACAAGAGGCUAAUCAAGAACAAUUAUUUAAUCGAAAUGUUGAGGAUGUAGAACUUUGGUUAGGAGAAUUAGAACGUAAACUUGCCAGUGAAGAUUUUGGCAAAAAUUUAAAUACCGUCCAAAAUCUUCAAAAAAAGCUGGCACUUGUAGAGGCGGAUUACAACGCUCAUAGUGAACGUUUGGAUACAAUUGGACAACAAGCACGUGAAUUUGAAUCUAUUGGGCAUUUUAAUGCCCCACAAAUUGUCAAAAAACAACAAGGAUUGCAGCAACGUUUUGAGGCAUUACUUGACCCGUUACAAAGAAGAAAAAAUAAAUUGGGUGAAUCUUUGGUCGGACAUUUAUUGUUUAGAGACAUUGAUGAUGAAUUAACUUGGAUUAGAGAAAAGGUAAAGGAGAGUGAGAUUACUGUAUGGACCAGGGAACAAAUUGCCUCCUCCACAAACCGCGGCCGUGAUCUUGUUGGUGUUCAAAAUUUAAUAAAAAAGCAAAACGCUUUAAUGGUUGAAAUUACUAAUCAUGAACCACAAAUUGAGCAAGUCGGAAAUGCUGCUGAACAAAUGAUACAAAGAGGACAUUUUCUAGCCCCUGAUAUUCGGGAAAUGUUGGCCCAACUCCGCGAUAACUGGCGUGCAUUGAAAACUAAAGCAGAAAAACGCAAACAAGACUUGCAAGACUCUUUACAAGCUCAUCAAUAUUUGGCAGAUGCUAGUGAAGCUGAUUCUUGGAUGAGAGACAAAGAACCAAUUGUUGGAAGUACAGAUUAUGGAAAAGAUGAGGACAGUGCUGAAUCUUUAAUGAAAAAACAUCGGGCAUUAAUGAGUGAUUUAGAUGCUUUUCGUGCAACAAUUGAUGAAUUGAGAAGAGAGGCUGGACAAUGCAAGUAUCAGGAGCAAUUGGGUGGACAACUUGGGAAUGAAUGUGUUGUAGCUUUAUAUGAAUAUACAGAAAAAUCACCACGAGAAGUUUCUAUGAAGAAAGGAGAUGUUCUAACCCUUUUAAAUUCUUCUAACAAAGAUUGGUGGAAGGUGGAAGUUCAAGAUCGUCAAGGGUUUGUACCAGCUGCCUAUGUUAAAUAUAUCGAGCCUGGUUCUCAACAUCACCACCAAGCAACUGCUGGCCAACCUGUAAACACUAUAAACGCGAAACAAAGUCAAAUUGAAGAUCAGUACCAACGUUUAAUGGUUUUGGGUGAUCAGCGAAAGAGAAAACUUGAAGAGGCUUGCAAAGGUUGUUUAGACAACAAUCCUAAAAUUAUCUUUAAACCCCUUUUAUUUAAAGCCUACCAAUUGUUACGCGAAGCAAAUGACCUCGCAGAGUGGAUAAAGUCGCGAGAAACUGUUGCUUCUCAACAGGAAAUUGGCCAAGACUUGGAACAUGUAGAAGUUUUACAAACGAAAUUCAAUGACUUUAAGUGUGACUUGAAAGCAAAUGAAGUUAGAUUACAAGAAAUGAAUCAAAUUGCUACAAGACUCUCACAAACUGGUCAAACAGAAACAGCUGUUCGUAUCCGCCAACAAAUUGAUGAUUUAAAUGCUCGUUGGAAGGCUUUAGAACAAAAGGCGGAACAGAGAGGACAACAAUUAGAAUCGGCACAUGAAGUUCAACGUUUCCAUAAAGAUGUGGAGGAGACGAGGGAUUGGAUACAAGAAAAGAAUGAAGCUUUGGAUACUGAAGAUUUUGGUCGUGAUCUUCGUUCAGUCCAAGCUCUACAAAGGAAACAUGAGGGCGUUGAAAGGGAUUUGGCUGCUUUAGGGGAUAAAAUACGUGCUUUGGAUGAAAAAGCCAAUCGUUUACGUCAAACACACCCUGAGGCGGCUGAGCAAAUCUAUGAUUUACAACGGCAAUUAAAUGAUCAAUGGACUACUUUAACACAAAAAGCUAAUAGACGAAAAGAUAAAUUAUUAGAUAAUUAUGAUUAUCAACGUUUCCUUAGUGAUUAUCGUGAUUUAAUUCAGUGGAUUGAUGGAAUGGUUAAUUUAGUCUCUAGUGAUGAACUUGCAAAUGAUGUGACAGGUGCUGAGGCACUUCUUGAGAGACAUCAAGACUAUAGAACUGAAAUAGAUGCUAGGGCAGCUACUUUUCAUUCAUUUGAACAAUUUGGGAAUCAACUAAUUCGAAGUGGGCAUUAUGCAGCUGAGGAUGUUCGUCAAAGAAUGGAUGACGUUAAUGAAGCUCGUAAACGUCUAGAAGAUGCUUGGGUACAACGUAGAAAAAUACUUGAUCAAUGUCUUGAACUUCAACUUUUCUAUCGCGAUUGUGAACAAUGCGAUACUUGGAUGAGUGCUCGAGAAGCUUUUCUCGCUCAAGAGGACCCGACUGGAGAUAAUGUUGAAUCUCUAAUUAAAAAACAUGAAGAUUUUGAUAAAGCUAUUGCUUCACAACAAGAAAAAUUAAAUAAUUUGGAUCAACUAGCAAAACAAUUAGUUGCUUCUGAGCAUUAUGCAAAGCCUGCAAUUAAUACAAAACGUGAACAAAUCUUUGAUCGUUGGGACAGACUUAAAGAACGUUUAAUUGAAAAGCGUUCCCAACUUGGCGAAUCUCAGACACUACAACAAUUUUCUCGUGAUGCCGAUGAAGUUGAGAAUUGGAUAUCUGAAAAGUUUCAAGUUGCGCAGGAAGCUGAUUAUCGCGAUCCUACAAAUAUUCAACAAAAGCAUCAAAAACAACAAGCAUUUGAAGCUGAACUUUCCGCAAAUGCAGAUCGUAUUGCUACUAUAAUUUCUGCCGGUCAAAAUUUAAUAAGUGCCGCAAAAUGUGGUGGGGGAGAGGAUGCCGUCUCUCAACGUUUAAAUGCUUUAAAUGAUCAGUGGGAAUUGUUGGUUAAAACAAGUACAGAGAAAAGUGCCCGAUUGAAAGAGGCUAAUAAACAAAAAACAUUUAUGGCAGCAGUGAAGGAUUUGGAAUUUUGGCUUGGAGAGGUUGAGACACUUUUGAGUAGCGAGGAUACAGGCCGGGAUUUGGCUUCUAUUGAGAAUUUAUUGAAAAAGCAUCAAUUAUUAGAAGCUGAUAUUAAUGCACAUGCUGAUCGUGUUGCGGAUGUAAAUGGACAGGCUGAGGCAUUAAUGGAGGCUGAUCAAUUUGAUAGAGAUUCUAUCGAUACAAGAAGGCAAGGAAUUACUAGAAGAUAUGCAAAUGUUAAGGAAAUGGCUAAACAAAGAAGAGAAAAAUUAAAUAAAGCAAUUACUGUUCAUCAAUUCCUUAGAGAUAUUGAUGAAGAAGAAUCUUGGAUUAAGGAAAAGAAAUUACUUGUUAGCAGCGAUGAUUAUGGCCGUGAUUUAACAGGAGUACAAAAUUUGCGUAGAAAACACCGUAGACUCGAUACUGAAUUAGCUAGCCACCAACCACAAGUACAGCAUGUUAGAUCUAAAGCUGUUGAGCUUCUACAAGCUAGUGAAGUUGGGGCUCCCGAAAUACAAAAACGAAUUCAAGCACUAGAAGAUAGCUGGCAACAAAUUGUUGAUUUAACAGAGAAUCGUCAUCAAAAACUUCAAGAAAGUGAACAAUUCCAAAAUUUUAUUGGCCGUUUAGAAGAAGAAGAGGCCUGGCUAAAUGAAAAACAGCAAUUACUUUCCUCGCCAGCAUUAGGGGAAAAUAUGGCUGCCGUCCAAGGAUUGUUAAAGAAACAUGAUACUUUUCAAUUAGAUUUGCAAGUACAUGAACAAAGAAUUGAUGAUCUUCAACGACAAGGGGAUGAACUUAUUGAAGCAGGCAAUCAUCAUUCAAAAAAUAUUUCUUUACGCCUAGAACAACUUCAAAAACAUUUAUUACUCGUCAGAGAAUUAGCAGCCCAACGUCUCCAAAAAUUACGAGAUAAUAAUGCUUAUAUGCAGUUUAUGUGGAAAUGUGAUGUUGUUGAGAGUUGGAUUGGAGACAAAGAACAUCAUGUUAGAUCUCCAGAUUUUGGAAAAGAUUUGUCUUCUGUCCAAUUAUUGUUAAAUAAACAAGAUGCUUUUGAUGCUGGAUUGAAUGCUUUUGAGCACGAAGGUAUUCAACGUAUAACAGAAUUAAAAGACCAAUUAUUGUCUGUUGAACAUGAGCAAUCCCCAGCUAUUGAAAAACGUCAUCAAUCAGUUAUAACUCGUUGGCAACAACUUUUACAGAAUUCUCUCGCUCGUCGCCAAAAAUUAAUUGAAGCACAAUCUCAUUAUGAAAGAAUUGAGGACCUUUAUUUAGCUUUUGCUAAGAAAGCUUCGGCUUUUAAUUCUUGGUUUGAAAAUGCCGAAGAGGAUUUGACUGACCCCGUCCGCUGCAAUUCCCUUGAAGAAAUCCGAGCACUUCGUGAGGCACAUGCUGAAUUCCAAAAAUCCUUAACUACCGCCAAAAAUGAUUUCAUUGCUUUACAAGAAUUGGAUAGACAAAUAAAGUCUUUUGGUGUAGGCCCAAAUCCGUAUACUUGGUUUACAAUGGAUGCAUUAGAAGAGACUUGGAGAAACCUUCAAAAGAUAAUAAAAGAACGUGAAUUAGAACUUCAAAAAGAACAUCUUAGACAAGAAGAUAACGAUAAAUUAAGAAGAGAAUUUGCUCGUCAAGCAAAUGAUUUCCAUCAAUGGCUGGCUGAUACAAGAAAUGAAAUGAUGGAAGCAAGUGGAUCUUUAGAACAACAAUUGGAUUCUAUUAGACAGAAAGCACAAGAUAUACGUUCACAAAGACAAAAACUAAAGAAAGUUGAAGAUUUGGGGGCACUUUUAGAGGAGCAUUUAAUUUUGGAUAAUCGAUAUACGGAGCAUUCAACAGUUGGUUUAGCCCAAGCUUGGGAUCAACUAGACCAAUUAGCUAUGAGAAUGCUUCACAAUUUAGAACAACAAAUUCAAGCUCGUAACCAGUCUGGAGUUACUGAAGAAGCUUUAAGAGAAUUUUCAAUGAUGUUUAGACACUUUGACAGGGAAAAACUGGGAAGACUUGAUCAUCAACAAUUUAAAAGUUGUUUGAGAGCUUUGGGCUAUGAUCUUCCAAUGGUGGAUGAGGGACAGCCCGAACCUGAAUUUCAACGAAUUUUAGAUGUUGUUGAUCCUAAUCGUGAUGGUUAUGUUACUUUACAAGAAUUUAUGGCAUUUAUGAUAAAUAAAGAGACAGAAAAUGUUCGUUCUAGCGAAGAAAUAGAAAUGGCAUUCCGUGCAUUGAGUAAAGAGCUUAGACCUUAUGUUACUGCUGAAGAGCUUUAUGCUAAUUUAACGCCAGAACAAGCAGAAUAUUGCAUAAAGCGAAUGAAGCCCUAUGUCGAUGCUGUUUCUGGACGAACAAUCGCUGGGGCAUUAGAUUUUGAACAAUUUGUGCAUUCAAUGUUUCAAAGCUAA